GGGAGGUGAGAUGAUUGCCACAGAGGUUUGUCUCCUAGAGGUGUCCUCCUAGAGCAAGGCUAGUGCCUUCAGUGACUGGCUCCUUGCUUGUGUCUGUCCCCAUGCCUGAGAAAGCAUCGUCCUAUUGACCCAGAGCCAGGCAGCAUUGAGCUCCAUGUACAGGGCAGGCUUGUCCUCCUUCACCUCCCUCCAGCCUCCAGUCUCCAGCCUCCCCCGUUUCUUGGUGACUGCAGAUUCUCAUUACUGAAACGUUGUUGCAACAAUAGGCUCAGCUCUGCCUCGCUUCCUCCCAGAUCCGCCGCACUGCUGCAGUUUUAUAUGAUCUGCACAGCCACCCAUUAAGGAGAUUUAGGGAGUGCACAGCAUGGCAGCGGAGAGGAAAAGGAACUGGAAUAAAGAAGAUGACCUCCCAGUGUAUCUGGCCAGACCCGGGACCACCGCUCAGACCCCCAGGGUGAAGUAUGGGGGCAUGUUUGCCAAUGUGGAAGGGGCAUAUGAGAACAAGACCAUUGAUUUUGAUGCCUACAGUGUGGGCAAGAAGGGGACUCGCACACCCAGGAGCAGCAGCAGACCAGACAUGGAUGGGGAUAAUUUCAGUGAGACUGCGAGUGAUGUGAGUGAGAUAUCAGGCUCAGUCAUGAGCUCUCCUGGGGACAGGGAUGACAGGACCCCCGCAAUUGAGAUCAAAUACUCCGGUGGGAAGGAGCUGCUGCAAGGCCAGGACAAUGGCAAGAGUGACCGACUUCUUAUUAAAGGAGGGAGGAUAAUAAAUGAUGACCAGUCUUUCUAUGCAGAUGUUUACCUCGAAGAUGGCCUUAUUAAACAAAUCGGAGAGAAUUUGAUUGUUCCGGGUGGCGUAAAAACGAUUGAAGCAAAUGGACGCAUGGUUAUUCCGGGAGGGAUUGAUGUAAAUACAUAUCUUCAGAAGCCCUACUUGGGCAUGACAACUAUAGAUGACUUUUACCAGGGCACAAAAGCGGCCAUAGCAGGAGGCACCACUAUGAUCAUUGACCAUGUUGUCCCUGAUCCUGGGUCAAAUAUUUUGACAUCUUUUGAAAAGUGGCACGAGGUAGCGGAUACCAAAUCCUGCUGUGACUACUCCCUCCAUGUGGAUAUCACUAACUGGUAUGACGGAAUCCGAGAGGAACUGGACAUUCUCAUCCAAGACAAAGGUGUCAAUUCUUUCCUGGUGUACAUGGCCUACAAAGAUUCAUACCAAAUGUCAGACAGCCAGUUGUACGAAAUUUUCACAUUCCUCAAAGAACUCGGUGCUGUUAUCCUGGUCCAUGCAGAAAAUGGGGACUUAAUAGCUCAGGAACAAAAACGAAUCUUAGAAAUGGGGAUAACUGGACCCGAGGGACAUGCUCUUAGCAGACCUGAAGAGCUUGAAGCCGAAGCUGUUUUCCGAGCCAUAGCUAUAGCAAGUCGUGUUAAUUGUCCAGUGUACAUAACCAAAGUCAUGAGCAAGAGUUCUGCUGAUGUCAUUGCACAAGCCAGAAAAAAAGGAGCUUUAGUAUUUGGAGAACCAAUUACUGCAAGUUUAGGGACAGACGGAACCCACUACUGGAGUAAGAACUGGGCCAAAGCUGCAGCGUUCAUCACGUCUCCACCUCUCAGUCCGGAUCCUACCACUCCAGAUUACCUGAACUUGCUACUCGCUUGUGGGGACUUGCAGGUAACAGGAAGUGGGCACUGUUCAUACAGCACAGCCCAAAAAGCUAUCGGAAAGGACAACUUUACUCUCAUCCCAGAAGGAGUCAAUGGAAUUGAAGAAAGAAUGACAAUUGUUUGGGACAAAGCUGUGGCCACGGGUAAAAUGGAUGAGAACCAGUUUGUAGCAGUCACCAGUACAAAUGCUGCCAAAAUAUUCAACCUUUAUCCACGAAAAGGAAGAAUUGCUGUGGGCUCCGAUGCUGAUGUGGUUAUCUGGGAUCCUGAUAAGGUUAAAACAGUUUCAGCCAAGAGUCACAAAUCAGCCGUGGAAUACAACAUCUUUGAAGGCAUGGAGUUUCACGGGGCUCCACUAGUUGUCAUUAGUCAAGGAAAGAUUGUGUUUGAAGAUGGAAACUUUCAUGUGAACCAAGGCAUGGGACGAUUCAUACCUCGGAAACCUUUCCCAGAAUACAUUUACCAGCGUAUCAAAACGAGGAACAAGGUGACAGCAUUGGAACCAGUAUCCCGAGGGCUGUAUGAUGGACCAGUGUAUGAACUUCCAGCGGCUCCAAAGUAUGUAACUCCUGCUCCAUCCGCGAAGUCAUCACCAUCCAAGGUCCAGUCUGCUCCGAUCAGGAACCUACACCAGUCAAACUUCAGUUUAUCAGGUGCCCAAGUUGAUGACACCAACCCUCGCCGCACAGGACAUCGUAUUGUUGCACCACCUGGAGGUCGUUCCAACAUCACAAGUCUUGGUUGAUCAAACCAAAUGAAAAAAAAAAGAAUGAAAAGAGAGUGAGAAAACGUGAGAAGGAGAAUCACUGGAACAAUGUUCCAUUUUUUUGUCAGUGUUAUUGCGACCACAAUUGUUUUCGUACUUAUGACAAAUGGUCUGUUUUGUAUAGAAAGAGGUGGCUAGUGCGGUGACAUGCUUGGAACUAGUUGCCUCAUCCGUGUGCAUAGUCAUCAUACCACUCUGAGUACCAGACAAGUAAGAUACACACAAUGGGGUUAUGUGGGGCAACAAAGGGGCAAUGAUUUUUCAGAUGUAGAAAUAUUGGAAUGUAAUCUUUCAUCUGAUUGCUCCACGUUUGGUUAUUUGCCUUAGAAUUGCAUUUUAUACAUAACCCCUGCCUGUGUGGUUACACAGAACUUCUCAAAGUGGUAAAGCAUGGAGCUCCCAUCAUUGUUUUAGUGUAGGAAUGUCCUGUAGCCAAUGGCUGGUUCCUUUGCACCAUUUAGCUUUAUUGAGUAUGUAGGUAGUGCAUGGCUUACUGUUAUUUCUGAACAUUUUUUUUUGUGAGUGAGUUUCCAUAGAUGCUGAUGACCAGACACGAUGCCAAGAUCAGGAUAUGCCACCAAUACCUAUAAAUGUAAACAAUUUUCUGUAUACUGUAGAGUGCUAAAUGUAUCAUGUUUAAAUUAUUUUAGCCUUUGUAUUUUUUAGAACACUACAACUCACACAACCUUGAAAUAAAGCUACAAUAACGUCUCCUAUUUGUACAGUUUUUGCCUAUUUUACCACGUUUACAUUUUAACCGUAUGACAUGCAUAAAUAUCCUUUUACCCAUAUAAUAUAACGAUCAUGUUCACUUGAGGUUUUGAUACCGCCAAUCAAGGUUUGCAGCCUAAUUUUUACAGUUUUGUACAAAGUUUUUCUUUGUAAUCACAUGCAUUUUUACUUACAAUUAUGUAUGAAGUUCUAGAUGUGAUUCAAUUACUGAAUUAAGAGCCUGUGAAAUAAAUGACAUGGAAACAACAAAAACAUUUUGUAAUAGUGUCUCUUUUU